UAGAGAUGGUUCGACGUGAAUCGGCUGGGUAGGCCGGUGGCCCGAUCGCUCGACUCGGGAGGCGACCGUCAGUUGCCGACAGUCGUCGCCCUCGUCAAGUCGUCAGUCAAUAGUUCCGCGUCACUGACGACGACAGACGCUUACACUCCAACAAAAGAUAAUUUACAUCGACCCUAAAUAUAAAAGGAAAGUGACUAAUUCAGUGAAUAAAUUUAAUUGUAUUCCAGAAUUUAGUGUUAGCAAUUGAUGUGUUAAGUGAUCGAAAACACCAAAGUUUUGAAACAAAAUCGUGUCGUUUUGGUUGCAAUUAUAGCAGAUUUGUUAAGAAGUCUCAAGGUUAAAUAGUUCCUGAAACGCCGUCCGUUUCGGCUUCAAUAUAAACAAAUCAUCAAGAUGAGUUUAUGAGAGUUGUUGGGAGCAUUGUGCGUGAGUGUUGAAGAUGGGGUGCGCAAGGUACAUCGCGUGCGCGCUACUCUUGCUGUGUCCUCUUGCUCUCAGUCGGCACGACGACGACUUCGCUUUCGACAAUAGCGAAGAAUUCCAGGUUGAAUUAACGGCAAACCACUCAGAGAUAGCUAAGAAUGGCCUAAGGAGAUUAUGGGGUGUACCCGACACGUUGGCCUAUGUAGGACACCUGUUCCGCAUGGAAAUCCCCAAGGAAGCGUUCUCCGGAAAAGUUGUUGCUUAUAAAGUUCGCAGCGACCACGGGAGGCGUACACCGAACUGGCUGGCGGUGGAUUCGAGGCACGGUCUUAUUAGCGGUAUCCCACAGUACCAGGACAUUGGAACUCACACAUUCACCGUCACCGCUCACGGAACUACCAAAGGACUCACUGCAACCGAUUCAUUCACUAUCGAGGUGAAAAAGGGUGAAGACAAACCUCAUUCGAAAUACGGGACGUGCAUCGGAGAUGAGAACAGGCUGGUUCUCCUUAUUCUGGUUGACGGAGCGUUCCACAAGAUCGUGCCUCGACAGAGAAUAAGAGCCCUGAUGCAACUCGCAAACUUUAUGGCUCUUGAUGGGGACGAAUUUUGGAUGGAACCUUACAAGACUGAAACGCAUCCGGACACGAUAUUAAGCGGAAUCGGUUCUUCAUUGAGGAAACGAGGCGAUGCCACAACCGCCAUAUAUUUGAACGUCGGCUGCGGGAACAAGCUGUGGGAUCGGCACAAGGUGCUGGUGGCGGGGCUGCGCGAGCAGUCGCGCGACGGAACGCUCGAGCAGCUGCUGCGGCUGCCCGUCAUCGGCUGGAGACUCCUGGCCGUCAAGCCCACGUUCAGAGUCAAACGACAGUCCCCGAUGGAGGGGUCGGGCGACAUGUACGACGCGGAGUACGACGGCGACGACGACGCGGACUACAGCGGCUACGACGACGACAACGACGACCUGAACUUCGAGGACGCGCGCCGGAACGAUGUCGGCGUACCGGAGCUGGUGGAGUCCCCCCUCCCGUCCCCCGCACACCCCCACCGGCACCACCACGGCGAGCCACACACCGUCACCGACACGUUUCAGACCGAGCCCGCCACGACCACGACCACGAACUCUCCCCCUCCCCCCUCCACCGCUACCUCCCUCUCUCCGGUCCCCCCGACCACCGAAGACCACACUUCCACGCGCGCCGAAGAAACCACUCCCGAGACCGCGUCUACUAAUACAUAUACCACGGAGGACGAAGACCACGACGUGAAGAUAACGCCUUACUCCGAAUCUGCUUCGGAAACAAACAACAUAACGUUUGUGCCGGUGUCAUCGAGACAUCUAGAGGACGUUGCCAUUGUGCCAGAUUACAUUCCAACCACGACGGAACCGGAAAUGCAAACCGUUAUGAUACGCGCGUCAAACGAACUGCCGCCUUUGUCGUCCGAGUCGCCCCCGACCGUGACGUCACAGUCCCCCGAGCCACCCACGCAGCCGAUUACCACAUCCUCUACGACGACGUCUACGACCACCCAAGCUCCGGCCACGACGCCGGUCACUGUUCCGGUUACGACGCCUGUGACUACGCCGGUGACUACGCCAGUCGCUACGCCGCCGCCCACUACGACGACCAGCACUACGCCGAUGACCACUGUACCGACAACGGUACCGACUACAACCGAUCCACCAGAAACCACUAUACAGGAGGUCACCAAACAGGAGUCCACUGUGACGGAGGGUAAGAGCACAAUAAUUGGUCAAACCACGGAGACGGUGACCUUCGCGAUGCCUGUCAACCAACCACCGGUCCUCAAACAUCACAUGAAGAAACUCGCUAUAACUGCUGGAAAAGCCUUUAGAUACAUAAUCCCCACCGAUCUGUUCAUGGAUCAGGAGGACGGGAGCAACUUGACUUUCACGAUGUACGAAGCCGAAAACGUCCCCUUAAGCAAAAACUCAUGGAUACAAUUCAUACCGUCCGACCUUGAAGUUUACGGACUACCGCUGGAAGCCCACGUCUCACGUUGGAACUUCAUAGUGGAAGCUCAGAACAGCGCCGGCCUCAAGGCCCGGGGCCCGCUAGACAUCACCGUGCAGCAACACAAGAGCGGACGCACCAUCAACCACCGCUUCAUCAUGCAGUUCACGCUGCUCAAGCAGUACAAUAACGCCAUCGACUGGCAGAUAAGGGCCUUGGAGGGAAUAGUGAAUCUGUUCCGGGACACCGACAUGGACCAUCUGACCGUGUUGAACGCGACCCAAACGGGAGAUCUCUGCGAGUUCGUUUGGACGAACGAUACCCUGCCGAAAGACGCGGCCUGUCCUAUGGAUGACAUCAAUAGACUUAUGAAGAUAAUGGAGUCUGAGUCGGAGCCGGGUCGCGGGUCCCGCUUGUUGUCGCGCGCCAUGUCCCCGGAGCUGGGCGUGCGCGGCGUGCGGUGGGAGGGGGCGGGGGUGUGCGCCGCGCCGCCCGCCACCCGCGCGCCCGACACCUACCCGCCCGUCACCCGCAACCAAGUCGACCACAUCACUGCCUCCGCCGGACACCUGCUCGUCUACAAAGUGCCCGAGGACACAUUCUUCGACCCAGAAGACGGAGGCACCCGUAACCUCAUACUGUCGCUACGGUACAGCGACCGCACCGAGAUCCCGGCCGGGCACUGGCUACAGUUUGACGCCAAUAACCAAGAGUUCUACGGCUUGCCCACUACUACGGACGAGGGCAGCGUUUCUUAUCAACUGAUUGCUGAAGACUCCAGCAAGAAGACUGCGUACGACAGUUUAAUAGUGGAGGUCGUGAAGGCGCCUCCAAUCCGACCCACGGUCGAGUUCCAGAUGACCUUGGAGUAUCCGUUCUUGAAGCUCGCCUUCAACGCUAAAAACAAGCGUAAAGUUGUCGAGAAGCUCGCCAACCUGUUUGGACAAAAGGAGACUGAUAAUAUUAGGAUACAAAGCAUUACCAAUAAUCCUACCUCCAUUAUAUGGUACAACACUAGCUUGCCAAUGGACAGAUGCCCGAAGGCGGAAAUCGAGCAACUCCGCAAGAUGAUCAUCGUGGAUGAUCGCGGCUCACGAGGAGGCGCUCUCCGCGAAAACGUCGAUCAAGUCUUCGACAAGGACUUCAAAGUGAUGUCGAUAACCCUCAACCCGCUCGGCCUGUGCGCGGAGCAGAACACCAAAGUAUCGAAGGUCCCACCGGCGCUGUACCCCGGCGCGCCCAACUCGCAGAACAGCAAGACAGGCAGCGCCGCGGAGCAGAGCUACCUCGUGACGUUCAUCAUCCCGGCCGUGGUCAUCGUGUGCAUGAUACUGCUGGCCGGCGUCAUCGCCUGCGUGCUGUACCGGAGGCGGCGGACAGGUAAAAUGAGUGUCGGCGACGAGGAGGAGCGACAAGCGUUCCGUUCGAAGGGCAUACCCGUUAUAUUUCAAGACGAAUUAGAAGAACGUACAGACACCGAACCUAUACACAAAAGUCCUGUUAUAAUGCGCGAAGAGAAGCCGCCAUUGUUGCCGCCCGCACCGGACUACAGAUCGGGCGAGGAUGCCCCGUACCGUCCGCCGCCGCCAUUCGCCGCGUCCCGCACUCCGCCGCGACCCAAAGCCACACCUACCUACAGAAAACCUCCGCCAUACGUGCCCCCAUAAAAUCACUCCACCGCCAUUUCUUAGCUCGUAAUGUAGCCGCGUUCCAAUUAUAAUUAUUAAGGGUCGCCGCACACGGGCCACAGGCCACAACCACAAAAGCCGCCCCGGCAUCUUUCCUGUAAUUUUUAUACAUUUCAUAUGUAGCGUGUGGCGAGUCCAUAUAUAGAAUGUAUGAAAACAAUAGGUAAUAUGUCGGUGGCUGCGUUUUAUGGUUGUGGCUGGUGGCCCAUGUGCGGCGAUACUAAUGACUCUUCCAUAUCUGCGCGACGAAGCUUCGAUUAUUUGCGACGUCAACUAAACUCUUGAAACUGUUAGUUCAGUGAUCGUGUUUUGUUACUUCCAUAUCUGCGCGACGAAUUCAACUAAACUCUGCAAACUGUUAAUUUAGUGAUCGUGUUUUGUUACGUGACGCUAAUGCCCUCUCCCUGUCCCGCUCGCUCCGUCGCUCUGAACGCAGAUGUGGCUGAGACAACAUCCUGAAUCAAAUGCGUCGUUAAAAUCCUAUGAGAGCUUAUCGAAUCACAUUGGAACCGGUACGGUAAUCAUCAUUGAAAGUGUUUAAGACCCGCUAGUCGAAGCAAUUGAAAUCAUUCAAUACAUUAAUAAUUUGAAUCGCUUAAAAUUCUGUAAUUAGCGUUAAUCGAAAUUGCAUUUAUAUUAAAUUAGUAAGGAAACUCAUAUCGUUAAAACAAGGAAUUGUGAGCAGUUUUUUUUUUUUCAUAUAUUAUUACGAAUUUCUUAUACAAAAGUAUAUAUUCACGAAUUAGAUCGACAGUAGUUGUAACGUUGUGAUGUUUCGGUGUUUUCACGCUGAGUAUUUCGAUAUAUAUAUAUAAAUAAACGGUAGUGGAAUUUGUUGGAGUAGACAAUGUUACGUUAGCUCCUAGAAUAAGGCACGGUUCCGACAAAUCGACUAUUUAAUAACUCUUAACUCGUAACGCGAAUAUGGAUUGUGGUACCAAAUAGUUUAAACUUGCACUGCCUAGAGUACAUGCGUGACUGUGUCAAUUACAAUAAGCGAAACGACUUAUUUAUUUACUAUUCGAUUUGAAUGACAAUGAAUUAGUGUAUUUGGCUGAUCGAGUGCCAUUGUUUCGAGAGUUGUUUUUUUAUGGUAAUUAAAAUUAAAAAAACAUAUCGGAAUGUAACGUUUUAGCCUUUAGCGUAGAUCUUCCAUACACUAUGUUGAUAUAUCAGUAGAGUUUGCAUUAAUACGGGACUACGUUAUCGAAUUCUACAUUGUGAUAACGAGUCCUUAUGAAAUGAUUUGUCGUGAAUACGCUAUAUACAAUGCAUGGGUUGUUCAAUAUUAGAUGGUUUGUACACUAUGGAAUACAAUUAACUUAAUAUUAUAAUAAAAUAUACAACUGACUUUAGUUUUAGGUUACUAGUAGAUAUUUUUAAGGAUGAAAUAUCAUUUUGUACUUGUCUAAUUAUUACCAUAGAUGUAAGGUUAACAAAUUGUAUAAACUAUAGGCAACUAUCGAACGAAAUGAGCUGAUUUUUUUCUUAUUAUUUCUUUGGAUGUAUUUUUAUUUGUACUCUGUACUCGUUUAGAGUUUGGCAUUUAUAGAUCUUUUUAGUGUUUACAUUAUGUAUACAAUUAUAUGGAUCGGCUUAAAUCGAUUUUUUUUGUUCUUGUGUAGAUGUACUUAAUAUUGUCCACUAAAACCGUACCAUUUUCAUUAUUUGAUAGUUAUGUACCCUCGAUAUAUUUUUGUUUCAUGCUAUUUUCCAUUAUACGCACAUGAUUUAUAUAAUUAAUGAGCUUUUAAUUUAAAUAAAAAUUAAUAACUUU